AUUUUUCUUUUUCACGCUUUCACAUAAAGAACUGUGGUGGACGACGUGCCUCUAUGUAAGUGGUUCACUCCAGAAACCGUGCUGACCAGCGAGGGAUAGGUGCCGUCGAGAGACAGUUCAUUUACAAGGAUGCUGGUGGGAAAUGCCUGGAGACAGAGAUGACGAGAUUUGUCAAAAAGCACUCGAACUCCUUUCAGAUCUUUGCUCGAAGGGGGAAGUGCAGAACGAAAACUGUCUGGAUUUCAUCUACUAUUUCCGAGACCUCGCCAGGCCACGAUAUUCUGAUUCAGAUAUAUCAGUGAGUCUACUAUCACUAGUGGUUACUGCCUGUGGCUUAGCCCUAUUUGGGGUCUCCCUCUUCGUCUCUUGGAAACUCUGCUGGAUACCAUGGAGGGAACGAGGGCUUUCACCCAUGACAAAGGAGGUCCAAGGGCACAUAAACCCCACCAUGAGCCCUCUGCCCUCACAGCCUGCACCCAAACAGCCAGUUUACACUGCCGUAGACCCGCCAUUGCACAACCGCCGUAAGUCAUCACAUUGUUCUGUUGCCAAAGAGUCUACCCCUGUUGCCUCUGUAGUGUCAGUUGAGGCACCAUUAACUCCUGUGUCACCCCCACCUGUGGUGAUGGCCACACCAGAAGCAGCUAUGAAGAUAAGCUAUACAUCCCCUGACAUACCAUUGGAUGCUCAAAGAAAAACCCGAGAAAAUGGAGUUCACACUAAUCCUCGGAUGCAAAGGCAGACUACAGAGCCAGCACCUGGUGGUUGCUCAGUCUCUGAAAUGGGUCAAGGUUCCAUUCGCAGGCAUAUGAACCUCUCUAAUCCGGACUUCAAUGUGGCACAGUUCCAAAGACAGGAUUCCCUUACUGGAAUGGGUCUUGGACUUGGCCGCCUCAAACCCGAACUGUACAAGCAGCGCUCACUUGAGGGGGAGGAAGCCAGUUGCAGAGGUGGGGGCUGUGGUCGCCUCCACUUUAUUCUCAAAUUUGACUGCGAUUUGGAACAAUUAAUAGUUAAAAUCCAUAAAGCAGAGGACCUCCCAGCCAAGGAUUUCUCUGGUUCCUCUGAUCCCUAUGUUAAGAUCUACCUGCUGCCAGAUCGGAAGACCAAACACCAGACAAAGGUGCAUCGCAAGACACUUAACCCUGUGUUUGAUGAGGUCUUCCUGUUCCCUGUGGCCUACUCUGAGCUUCCCACACGUAAGCUUCAUUUCAGCGUGUACGACUUCGACCGCUUUUCACGUCAUGACAUCAUUGGUCAAGUGGUGGUAGACAACUUCCUGGACCUGGCAGAUUUUCCCAGGGAGACAAAACUCUGCCGUGAGAUCCAGUAUGUAUCCUCGGAUAACGUUGACCUUGGGGAUUUGAUGUUCUCCCUCUGCUACCUGCCUACAGCAGGCAGAUUGACCAUCACCAUGAUACAGGCUCGUAAUCUUAAGGCCAUGGAUAUAACUGGUGCAUCUGAUCCAUAUGUGAAGGUUUCUCUGAUGUGUAAGGGUCAGAGACUGAAGAAGAGGAAGACAUCUACAAAGAGGAACACCUUAAAUCCAGUCUAUAACGAGGCCAUUGUGUUUGAUGUCCUUCCAGAAAACAUCGAGCAGAUCAGCCUUUUAAUAGCAGUGAUGGACUAUGAUCGUGUGGGCCAUAAUGAGGUCAUUGGUGUCUGUCGAGUUGGCAAUGAUGCAGACAGCCUCGGUCGAGAACACUGGAGUGAAAUGCUCACAUAUCCGCGGAAACCUGUCGCCCACUGGCAUCCUCUUGUUGAGUACCAGGGGACUACAAGUAGUAGCCAAGGAGGAUCUUGUAAUUCCCUAAAAGCGCCUCCUUCUCCGUAGCCUUCAGCAAAAAAAAAAAGACACUGCUCAUUGAGAAGCACAUUAUGAGUGCUGCUGAGUGUUGUUAAAAAAAAUAUUUUAAUAAAAAAAGGUGCAGGCUUUUAAUGACAGCUAUGGAAAUGAGAGAUGCAAAAUUUCUUAUGUUGGAUGUAGAAUGAUCGCCAAGAUGGAUGUUUUGUUUUUUCAUGAUGUUUCCUUAGAAAACAGGUAUAUGCAGACAUUUUAAGUCUGUGCAAUUCCUGCGUUUAUACAGAUAACACUGUUACUGUUUAUUUUUACAUAGUCUUGGUACCUGUUUUGAAAAAGUAAAACUGUACUUGCAAGAUGUACUUCAAACCAGUUGAACAGCCAAAUGUUUUUUUCUUUUUAUUUAGUGUUGAAGUGGUGCAUGGGGUCAUGGUUUGGUGAAAUAUCUUCUCCUGGUUUGUUUGCUUCUGUUCCUAAUUUUAUAUUUCAUUAUGUUGUACUGUCAGUAAGUGUGCAGUAACAAUUUAUUUACAUACGAAGUAUAUGUAAGCAGGAUAUGUUGAAUGUUAGAAAUAAAUAGUGUAAUGUAAAAAA